AUGUCUCCUGAGCGGGGUGCAUCCCAACAGCAUCGGUCUGUCGAAAUCCUCGCAGCCAAAUUGCGUCGGCGGCAAAUAGUUGGGUCAAGAAUAUCUGCACUCGAAACUCUGCUAGUUCUGCGCCAGGUCAUUGCUAGAUCCCGGUUCUCAAACUUUGACCAACUCGUUGAAAUCAUUCGUGGGGUUGGACGUACGCUCGUUGAAGCACAGCCCAAAGAGCAUUCUGUGGGCAACACAGUCAGAAAAGUACUUCAUCACAUCCGCGAAGAGUACCACACGGCAAUCGGCAGACAAAAUCAAGAUGCAUCCUCAGGAUUCUCGAUAUCCAAAUUUGUUCUUCAAGGACAACCAAGGAGACAGGCCCCAGCUCCUAAGACCGAGAUAAAGACCACCUUGAAGGAGGAUGAUCCAGACGAUCCCGAUUCGUUUGCCCGAGGAUUGAAGCCAGUGUUGAUGGAGGCUAUUCAAGACGUUUUGGAUGAACUCGAGACCGUUUACGAUAAUGUUUCGAAAAACGCAAGAGAUCACAUCCAUCCUGAUGAAAUCAUCCUUACGCUGGGGAGAUCAAAAACUGUCGAGACUUUCCUCAAAACGGCAGCACACAACCGGCAUUAUACCGUGAUCGUUGCAGAAUCAGCUCCCUCAUAUGACGGGCGAGAAAUGGCCAAAUCGCUGUCGGCAGUUGGCAUCUCCACUUUCCUGGUUCCAGAUUCUUCAAUAUUCAGUCUCAUGUCCAGAGUCAAUAAAGUCAUCCUUGGGGCACAUGUCAUCCUCGCCAACGGCGGCAUGUUCGCGCUCAGUGGCUCUUUAGUAGCCGCCACAGCGGCCAGAGCCCACAGCACCCCAGUUGUCGUUUGCGCAGGUCAAUUCAAACUUACACCCCUCUGGAACCUAUAUCACGAGCACGCUUCUCUUGAUUUUGGAAAUCCUACUGAAGUCCUGGGCUUCGAAGAGGGCGAUCUGGUGGAUAAAGUUGAUGUUGUCAAUCCCCAUUAUGACUAUGUCGACCCAGAACUCAUCGACGCCUACAUCACAAAUGAUGGCGAUCAUCCUCCGUCAUCAAUAUACCGACUUCUUAAAGAAACAUACGACGACGAAGACAACGAAUUGUAA